AACGAACCGGAAUAAAACAACGAGAUAAUAUUAAAAAUGAUGCAAAGAAUUUCAGAAUGUAAAGGUAUGGUGGGUGACAUAAGGAAUGGUGUUACCGAGGAAGCUGCCCUUGUCGGAUUGUCCUUAUCACUUCCCACUCGGCAUUACCAGAUAGGAAGCUCAGAGAUAAUAAUUGGAACCAAAACUGAACCCUAAUUUUUUAUGAUCAGAAAUGUGAUCACCAUUUCUUUAUCCUUAAAUGAUGUCUGGUUUCGCCCUUUGUUUUCUCCUCUAGUCCUCUAGUCUUUUUUUUUUUUUUUGUAACGCAAAACCUCAUUAUGUAUGAAUUAUGAUAAAAUUUAGUAAGAUAAUUUAUUAGAACCCCAUUGUUUGGAAACGUGUCUGUAUUUGUGUUUUUAUACGCUUAAAUAAUCUUCUUCUUUCUAGUUAAAUUUAUCACUUUUAAUCAGAAAUUUGGUUUAAAACAGACUUUUCUCACGACUGUCAUGAGCUCCUCUCAUAAGGGCCAAAAACUAGUUAAAAAGAAAAAGAUGUCCGAAUAUUCCCGCAUAUAAAUAUCUAUCAGACAGCAUACUUUGAAUCCAUUAAAAAAAUUUCGAUCUUUAAAAUCUCUCCUUUAUCUAGCCCGUGAAAACAGGAUUAGAGUUUGAUUCGUAUAAAAGAGAAGAUUUUUAAUCUCCGCCGCCAUCUUCCGAUGUCGAUACAUAUUCCCUACGAUGGCUCAAACUCCGGCGAGCCAUCUCCGUCUCCUCCGCCACCAAAAGCGAACACGAAUAAUCUACCGACGAAGAUUCUCUCUAACUUCCUCAUAGGUCUAAUUAUGAUCCCUGUAGCUGUAACCGCCUUUCUCUUUAUCCUCACGUCUCUCGGCUUCACCUUCUUCUUCGCUUUCUACUGGUUUCUUCAACGAAAUUAUCGCCACCGUCUCCGUCGUCAUCGCCGUCACCAAUACUCAGAUGGGUUAUCUCCAAGAUGCGUGAAGAGGCUUCCUCAAUUCAAGUUUUGUGAGCCUAAUACAGAGUACGGAAGCGAUGAUUGUGUGGUUUGUAUCGAUGGAUUCAGACAAGGACAGUGGUGUCGGAAGCUGCCUCGAUGCGGACAUGUGUUUCACCGAAAGUGUGUGGACUUGUGGUUGAUCAAAGUCUCGACUUGUCCGAUUUGUAGGGAUAGGGUUUAUAGAUUUGAUUCAGUGAAGAAAAUUUAGUUUUGUAAGUGUGUUUAAUUUCGUUAUGAUCAUGUUUAGCAGCAAUUUUGGUUUUCAUCAAUAGUCAUGUACAGCGUCUUUUUUUUACAAAGCUCCACAAUUGAAAGCUUUUUUUUUCACUGUUUGAAUUUGAUCCAAUAAGAGAAUGAUGAAUUUCUGUAGAAUUCAACAUAGUUUGAAGUUUGAUUAUUAUGCCAAUUGUUUAACAAUGUUUUUAA